AUGGUCAGCGUAACUGCUGCUGCUUCGUCCUGCAGCCCGUUGGCUCCGACGGAGCUCGAGCGCGAGCACGUGCACAAGGUUUACGACCUCAUCGCCCCUCAUUUCAGCCACACUCGACACCAUCCAUGGCCACAAGUGACAGAGUUUUUGGACAAGUUGGAAUCGGGUGCACUCGUGGCUGACGUCGGAUGUGGCAAUGGCAAAUACCUGCGCGUCAACCCCUCGCUAUGCAUGAUUGGAGCUGAUCGCAGCAUCCCAUUGAUGCAUGCGGGAGCUCCGAGUGGCAGCAACCUAUUGGGGUGCGAUGCAUUGAAGGUUCCAUUACGGACCGGAGCAUUCGAUGCAGCACUGUCAAUUGCUGUGCUGCAUCAUAUUUCGACAGAGGAACGUCGGGUGGCACUCAUUAGUGAACUGGCACGGCUGGUGCGAGUUGGUGGUGAGGUGCUGAUUGUGGCGUGGGCCUUUGAGCAAGACGAGCGGUCGAAACGUCGGUUUGAAACGCAGGACGUCAUGGUGGAGUGGAAACUUCAGCAGAAGUAUGCGAAGGAGGAGGAAAAAGAACACAACGCGACUGGAUCACAUGGAAAGGUAGACCACGAAAAGCGGUGGGUGGUAUAUGAACGAUAUUGCCAUGUGUAUCGCAGUGGUGAGCUUGAAGCGCUAGCGGCGCAGGUGCCUGGUCUGGAGGUGAUCUCUGUCGAGUACAGUCGGUCCAACUGGUGUCUGCGACUGAAGCGACUUGCAAUGUAGACCAUUUAGAAUCCACCAGGGGCAAUUUGUAAACUUUGAUUUUUCGGCGC